AUGUCUGAAUCGUUCGACUACAUUCUCGUGGGCGGCGGCACCGCCGGUCUCACCCUCGCGAGCCGUCUCACCGAGGAUCCCAGCAUCUCCGUCCUCGUCGUCGAGGCCGGCGCCGACCACACCAAGAGCCCCCUGGUCCUGACGCCCGGUCUCGUCGGCGCGCAGUAUGGCCAGGAGGACUACGACUGGAACUUCAACUCGGUGCCGCAGCGCCUGCUGCACAACAGGCGUGUCAACACGCCUCGCGGCAAGCAGCUCGGCGGGUCGUCGGCGCUCAACUUCAUGAUGCUCGUCUACCCGUCGCGGCACUCGCUCGACACCUGGGCCAAGCUCGGUAACGAGGGCUGGGACUAUGACGGACUGGCCCCCUAUCUCGCCAAGUUUGCUACCGUGCACGCGCCGCCCUCCAAGGCCAAGGAGGCCGUGGGCCUGACCUGGCACGAUGGCAACCUCACUGGUGACGGACCUCUGCACGUGUCCUUCUCCGAGGGCUAUGGGCCCAACAACAAGGCGUGGCUGGAUGCCUUUGAGAAGCACGGCCUGGCCAUGACGGGGGACAUGCGUGACGGUGCCGCAUACGGUGCGUACCAGCAGCCCGCGAGCAUCGACCCCAAGGACAAGACCAGGAGCUUUGCCGGCACGGCGUACUACGGCGACGAGGUGCGCAGCAGGAAGAACCUGACCGUUCUCACCGAGACGCUCGUCCACAAGGUCGUCUUUGACACCAUCGCGCAAGGCAGCGAGCCCAGGGCCUCGGGCGUCCUCGUCUCGGACAAGAAGGGCAACAAGAAGACCAUUUCCGCCUCGGGCGAGGUCAUUGUCUGUGCUGGCGCCCUGCAGUCCCCUCAGAUCCUCGAGCUGUCCGGCAUCGGCCAGAAGAAACUCCUCGAGGCGCUCGACAUCCCCGUUCUCGUCGAGAACGACAACGUCGGCGAGAACCUCCAGGACCACCCCAUUGUCUGCCAGUCGUUCGAGGUCGCCGACGGCAUCGUGUCCGGCGACGUGCUCCGCGACCCAGAGGUCCUCAACAUGCUCCUCGGCCAGUACAACACGAGCCGCGAGGGCCCCAUGGGACAGAGCAACAUCAGCGUCGCCCAGGUGCCCCUGGCCGACGCGUCCGGCGUCAUGUCCGCCGACAAGAAGAAGGCGCUCUUUGCGUCCAAGGAGGGCCUGCUCCAGGACGCGCAGGACCAGGCCAUCCGCGCGCUGUACGAGGACACCAACGAGCCGAUUGUCGAGUAUAUACUCUUCCCCAACCAGGUCGACACCACCCUCGCCGAGCCGGCCAGCAUGGCGUCGUACCUCAUGCCCACCCGCCCCGAGAACAGCAUCACCAUCAUGACGCUGCACAACCACCCCUUCUCCCGGGGCAGCGUCCACAUCACCAGCCCCGACGCCGGCCAGAAGCCCGCGUGGGAUCCCAACUUCUCCUCCAACGCCCUCGACAUUGAGGUCGUCAGCCGGCACAUCCAGUUUGUCGAGACCCUGGUGGAGACGUCCCCCUUCAGGGAGAUGAUCAAGCCCGGCGGUCGACGCUUCCCGGACGUCAAGGGCGACACCAUGGAGAACUGCCUCGAGAUCAUCCGCCAGACGCAGCUCGGCGACUUUCACCCGGCCUGCAGCUGCGCCAUGAAGCCCAAGGAGCACGGCGGCGUCGUCGACGCGAGGCUGCGCGUCUACGGCACGAGGGGCCUGCGCGUCGUCGACGCCAGCAUCUUCCCCAUUGAACCGGUGGGCAACAUCCAGACGACGGUGUACGCCGUGGCGGAAAAGGCGGCCGAUCUCAUCAAGGAGGACAGGAAGGCGUGA